UCACCAUAAGAACCGACUGUGACGCGUGCCAACUGUUCCGAAAUUAUUCUGGUGCGCAGUACACCGUUGCAUUUACUGAUCUCAUCGGUUCGACCAGCCCACUUUGUAUUUUCUGACGUGGUUUUAACGCGGUAAGCUCUAAACGGUACGCGAUGGCGGCGGUUGACUGUUACCAGAAUCAAGCCCAGAACGAGGGUACCGGCCAACAGACACAGUCUCAACAACAGCAGUCUCAACAGCAACAACAACAGCAAUCUCAACAACAACCACAACAACAAUCACAGUCACAGCAACAACAGCCGCAACAGCAACAAGCUACCGCCGGAAUUCCAGGCAAAGAUGAUGAACGCAAACUUUUCGUUGGUGGCCUAUCGCGUAAUACUACCGACAAAGAAUUACGGGAUCAUUUUAGUAAAUUUGGUGAAAUUGAGAGCAUUUCCGUGAAAAUUGACCCCUAUACUGGUACUUCACGAGGUUUUGCGUUUAUGGUAUUUACCAAUCCAAAAACGAUCGACAAACUUUUGGCUUCUGGCGAGCAUUACAUCAAUAAGAGAAGGGUGGAUCCCAAACGGGUGAAUAAAAAGCCUCAACAUGGCAAAAUUUUUGUCGGUGGCCUUACACCAGAAAUUACCGAUGAAGAUAUUAAAACAUAUUUUGGACAAUAUGGAACAAUUGUUGAAUUGCAAGCACCGUUCGAUAAGGUAAAAAACCAGAGAAAAGGAUUUUGUUUCAUUACAUUUGACUCGAAGGAAGUAGUGUACAAGUUACUCAAAACACCUAAACAAACAAUAAAUGGAAAAGAAGUAGAUGUCAAAAAAGUAAAAGUUAAUCCAGACCCAAGGAAUCAAGGAUUUUGGGGUCCAAGCUAUGGUUAUGGAUACGGUGGAGGCUAUGGAUACAUUCCUGAAUAUUGCAAUGGCUAUCAAGGGGGAUAUGAUGAUAUGUAUGCAAAUUAUGAUUAUGCCGGUUAUGAUGGAUACGACAACAUGGGAUAUGGGGCUCAAGGUAAGCCACGAGGAAACGGUCAGGGACCACGUCAAUUUCAGAGACAUCAGCCGUAUUAAGAAUGGAUUUAUGAAUCCUACAUACUCAAAAUUUGGUGAUAAAGCAAGAAUAUUGUAAGGAGUAGACCAACUUUGUCUGAAUACAGGCUAAGGCUGAGAUAGGGAAAUUUGGGAAAACAGAGCUUAUAGGGUCAUUGAUGGACUUGUAUGAAA